GAAGGACCAAGCCCUCAACGACGUCGUUUAACGUUUUUGAGACAUUUCUCCCUUUAAAAAUCCCUUUAAAUGUAAUGUAGUCGCAUUGUAAGCUUAUCAUGUGUAUUUUGUUAUUGCGUUUUAAUAAUUUAGACUUUUAUUGUGAAGAGUAGAAGAGGGCGUUUCGUCACUGUGUCCAGCUUCACGUCGCCGGGAUCAAUAAAUGUAGCUUGUUAGCAGUAAAACCGCUAACAUGCUAGCUGUUAUUUGAUGCUUUAUGAGGCUAACAGUGAUGCUGACUAACUGUCGCUGUGCUCCGCUAUGAGUUAAGCUGGCUAGCGACAGUGUGGUGAGAUUGCAUCACUGACUGGGUGAUGUCCGCCCAGCAGCCUCUGCAGCACUCCUGGGAGGAUCCAGCAGCCUGCUAACAGAGCCAUCCCGGCUAGCUCAUGCUGAUGACUGGCUGUUUCCUGACAUUGAUUUGCAGGUAGUGGGAGGCACCAUGGCCGGUAAGGUGAAGUGGGUGACAGAUAUUGAGAAAUCAGUGCUCAUCAACAACUUUGAGAAGAGGGAAUGGGUUCAAGUCACAGAAAACGACGACUGGAAUUUCUACUGGAUGAGCAUCCAGACCAUCAGAAAUGUGUUCAGCGUGGACACCGGCUACCGCCUGUCAGAUGAGCAGAUGGUUAACCACUUCCCCAACCACUACGAGCUGACCAGGAAGGACCUGAUGAUCAAGAACAUCAAGCGCUACCGCAAGGAGCUGGAGAAGGAGGGCAGUCCGCUGGCAGAGAAGGACGAGAACGGGAAAUACAUUUAUUUAGAUUUCGUCCCUGUCACAUUCAUGCUCCCCGCCGAUUAUAAUCUUUUUGUGGAGGAGUUUCGCAAGAACCCAUCCAGCACUUGGAUCAUGAAGCCCUGCGGGAAGGCUCAGGGCAAAGGCAUCUUCCUCAUAAACAAACUGUCCCAGAUCAAGAAGUGGUCCAGAGACAGCCGCACCUCCACGUUUGUUGCAGCAUCCAGCGGCAAAGAGGCCUACGUCAUCUCCCUGUACAUCGACAAUCCUCUGCUGAUAGGAGGGAAGAAGUUCGACCUGCGUCUCUACGUCCUAGUGACCAUGUAUCGGCCAUUAAAAUGCUACAUGUACAAGCUCGGCUUCUGUAGGUUCUGCACAGUCAAGUACACGCCCAGCACCAGUGAACUGGACAAUAUGUUCGUUCACCUCACCAAUGUGGCCAUCCAAAAACAUGGGGAUGACUACAACCAUGUCCAUGGAGGCAAGUGGACGGUCAGUAACCUCCGUUUGUACCUAGAGAGCACCAGAGGGAAGGAGGUGACCAGCCGACUGUUUGACCAGAUCCACUGGAUCGUGGUGCAGUCACUGAAGGCCGUGGCUCCUGUGAUGAACAAUGACAAGCACUGUUUCGAGUGUUACGGGUAUGACAUCAUUAUUGAUGACAAGCUCAAGCCAUGGCUUAUCGAGGUCAAUGCUUCUCCCUCGCUGACCUCCAGCACAGCCAACGACCGCAUCCUGAAGUACAACCUCAUCAACGACACCCUCAACAUCGUCACUCCCAACGGAGACAUCCCAGACUGCCGCUGGAAUCGCAGCCCGCCCCGAGAGGCCCUGGGCAACUAUCAAGUCUUGUAUGACGAGGAGCAGGCGCAGAGCGAGAAUGCCGAGCGUGACCUGCGGAGCCGCUCGGGUCAGGCCCUGGGGUCGAAGGGCACCAAGGGGAGCGCAGGCGUUCGACCGGCUGCCGCCACAUGGAAGUGAGGUGAUAUUUGCUGACUCUCAGUGACUACCUGUACAUUAUUACAGGUUCCAACAGUGGAGCACAGGGGGAUAAAAAAGACUAUUUUUAGCCUAACUAUUGGAUGGAGGACUGCUCCCUGUCUCCACAUUUCAACGACAGAGUUCACAGGGGGCGACAACUCUACUGCUGGAGGGGAGGUCAUAUUUGGAGAGUUUAAAGGCCAGAAUUUGUCGCCGUUUGUAUGAAUGAGUAACUAAAAAUGCAGACGUUAUGCUGACCAUGGUAUGUUGGUGGGGUUAAUGUCUCAACAACAGAGCAACAGCGGCUCCCACCUCAGCCUGAGCUCCCUGUGAAGAUAAGGACAACCAUUCCAAAAAACUUACACGUUGGUAGAGGAAAUUCAAAAAGAACACUCUCCUUUGAUGAAAGCUGCAGUCAGUAAAAUGGGAACCACACAAAUGAAAAGAAAGGUGUCUGUUGUAUACAUCAAUGGGAUUAAAAUCCAACGUGAACAAGGAGGAUUGCAACAACCUGAACUAUGCAUGAUUACUAGAGCCACCACACAGGUGCAAAAAGAAGGACCUCUGUGAGAUGAAGUGGUUUGGAAAAGAAGGUAGAGGAACAAGAGAUCUAACAAAGGGUAUAAAGAUAUAAUAUACUGAGAGUUAAUAGUACUUAAUGUGUAUAGACCCCGAGAUAGAAUUUAAUAAUGUUUUUAUAGGUUUAUUAUCAGUAUGCAUUUACAGGGUGGGUUUCAUUAAGACUGUAUUCAGUGCUGAACCCUAUUGCACUUUAUUUUUGCUUGAAUGUUAAAUAGAUAUGUUGCAUUUUGAGUUGGACCACUGACGUCAUAUCUGCUGCACAUCUAAAAUUUUAAUAUGUGUUGAGGAUGAAUGCAUUCUUAGCUAUCAGCUGUUAAUUUGCGGUUACUACUGAAAUGUUGAAACACUGAUGAUGAGUAGACAGCUGC